AUGGAGAUAAGAAGUGUGCUACUCUACUGCAUCUUCUUGAGUGCUAAUUAUGCAGCUAUUGCUCUGAAUAUCGACAACUUCAGGCUGAAUGCGACUAUAAGUGACUUAAUAACCCAUUCCCUGAGCAGUUGUAUCGCUGGUAACCCAAAGCAGCUCCAACUUGGAAGCAACAUUUUGUUCUCUGAAUUCAUAACAAGAGAGGAUGAGAGCAUAUACAUUGUUGACUUUUUUCUCAAAGCUUUGGGAUCCCAACGUAAGUUGAUUCAUAACAAUAUUUUGAGCGAAGCUGGUAAGAGAUAUGAAAAUUUUGCCGGCAGCUUUCCAGAUACUUUGAUUGUACAUAUCGCACAUGCAGAAGAUUUGACCUAUAACGCUAUAUUUUUUCAUCCAUUUGACACCAGCAAUCCAACUGUCAUUGUGAUAUGUACUGAUGCAUCUUCAAAACCAAAUAGACUAGCAAGACAUAUUUUUAAUGUGACUUUGGCGAGACGUUUGUUAAAUACUAUAAUUUUGCUUCCGGAAUAUCACAACAUUCAAUAUAUACAGCUGGUCAUCAAAAAAAGGGCGUUGCUUAAAGUCUAUAAAGGUGCACAAAGUGAAUAG